AACUGUCUCACACAAGCAAACCUUCUCUUUCUCAUGGCAUCUCCACCACCACCACUACCACCACCAAGAACCACCCAAACAGCAGAGUACUACUACUUCUUCAUCGCCGUCGCCGCAAUUGCUGUCAUGCUCUUUGCCUCUGUUGACUGUUGCUCCCCCUCCCGCAUCUUCCACGCCAUCCGCAACCGUCUCCGCCGUCGCACAACAAUGGCUGGAGACCCAGAGACCAGCCAUAGCCAUGAACAACAAGCUCAUCAUCACCUUAUCCCCCUCUGUAAGUACAGGAGUGAUGACAAAGAUCAGCAAGCUGAGUGCUCGGUGUGCUUGUCGUUGUUCAUCGAAGGUGAAGAGGUAAGACAAUUGCCCAAGUGCAAGCACUUGUUCCAUGCCCCAUGUAUAGAUAUGUGGCUCUUUUCUCAUUCCAACUGCCCACUUUGCCGGGCUGAUGUUUCCUCUGUGCCAUCUUGCCGGAGUUCCCGGCUGUGGUCGCUGCCCAUGGAACCCAGGACAGAAUCCUAAGAGAUGCAUUCUGGAACUGCCACUUGAG